UGCCGCAUCGCCCACCCCAUCGUGAAGUGCACCUACUGCCGCUCGGAGUUCCAGCAGGAGAGCAAAACCAACACGAUAUGCAAGAAAUGUGCCCAAAACGUGAAGCAGUUCGGAACGCCGAAGCCUUGCCAGUAUUGUAACAUUAUUGCAGCAUUUAUUGGCACGAAAUGUCAGCGUUGCACCAACUCGGAGAAGAAGUAUGGCCCUCCGCAGACGUGUGAGCAGUGCAAGCAGCAGUGUGCUUUCGAUCGGAAAGAGGAGGGAAGAAGGAAGGUUGAUGGAAAGUUGCUGUGUUGGCUCUGCACACUGUCCUACAAGAGAGUGCUACAGAAGACAAAAGAACAGAGGAAGAGCCUAGGAUCUUCACAUUCUAACUCCUCAUCCUCAUCUCUUACUGAGAAAGACCAGCAUCAUUCAAAACACCACCACCAUCACCACCACCACCACCACCGUCACAGCAGCAGUCAUCAUAAAAUCAGCAAUCUGAGUCCAGAACAAGAUCAGGGACUGUGGAAACAGAGCCAUAAAUCCUCUGCAGCUAUUCAGAAUGAAACUCCAAAGAAAAAACCCAAACUGGAAUCCAAGCCAUCAAAUGGAGAUAGUAGCUCUAUAAAUCAGUCUGCAGACAGUGGAGGAACUGACAACUUUGUUCUCAUAAGUCAGCUGAAAGAGGAAGUAAUGUCGCUGAAACGUCUUUUGCAGCAAAGAGAUCAGACUAUUUUAGAGAAAGAUAAAAAG